GCCCCGCGUGGCCAUGCCUUGGGCCAUGCUGUCAGGCUUGUCGGUCCGCUGCAGUAGUGCCAGCGGCUCGCCAGACGAUGCCCGCCAAGUCCCUCAUCCUGCUCGGCCUUCUAGCCGCCGUCUCGACAGCGGCCGGCGAGUGCGACUGGGUCUUCGACGAGUUCCAGUGCAAGGACGGCAGCAAGUGUAUCGCUGGAUACGAAAGGUGCAACGGUCACAGAGACUGCCCCGACGGCUCCGACGAGGUCCGCUGCCUGCGUGCUCUCCCCAGCGUGGCGCUGCCCGCCAACGCCUCAGUCACGGCCCGCGUGCAGCUCGGGGAGGAACACAAGCACAUCCAGCUGUACCUGUGCGGCGCCCAGCACUGCAGCCUCAUGGAGCUGUUCGGCGAAGGGGACGACGGCUUUUUGAGAUACUGGUCAUACACUAACUGCACCCGCCGCGGCAGAAGCUGCGACGCCCCUACGUACCGCAGGGAUGGCGACUACCUACACUUCGAGGAGGGCGAGUUGGUGCUGGAGGUGCAGCACCGGCCCGGGCAGCUUGCUGUGUGGCGGCUGGGCCGGCCGGACGACGAGGCGGUGGUCGCCGUGGGGGCGGACUACGCAAGGCUCAGGGUCAGGCCGUACAACUGGGCCACCGACAUGCCCGUGCAGUUCACCGUGUCGCGGUUCAAGAAGGGGGCAGCUUGUACAAAUCAGGGGGAGUAAGGCGGGGUUCUUCUUUUGCGCGAUGUCUCUUCUUGAAGCCAAGUGACAAAUAUACAAGGGAAUACAGAGAAUGAAGUUGAAAUAAAGGAAGAGAGAAAUGGAGAAAUGUGCAGUAUGGGUUGACAUUUAAUGCACAUUAGUGGGUUGGUAAGACAGGUGCCGAUUAAUUACUUUGAAAGUAAAUAUUAGAGCAAGAAGCAACUUUUGUAAACAUUUGAAGUGUCAACAACAUAGAGAUUUUAAGCUAAGUUGAGGUCGAAGAAAAUUUAUACUAUGCAAGUAUUGAAAAUAAACUUUGAAAAUCUAAA